UGUGUUGGCAACUAUUUGGAAAUGUGAUGUAUUAUGUGACCUAUAUAUAACAUCAUUUGUCGUUUAUUGACCAAAAACCAAAACGACAAGUGUUCACUUUGUACGUCGCUUUCAGUCUAAUAAUCUAUCGGUUAACUUAGCUGUUCAUGUACUGAUUAUCUUCUUUAAUUAAUCACAUACAAUUAAGCAUAAGAAUCAUGUGGCUUCUUCUUAUCCUCUAAAUGUAAUGUCAGCACAUGUGGAUUAAUAAUAAUAAUCCCAUGAAAGUCAAAUAAACCAUUAAAACUAAUUCUAGAAAGAAGAAGAAGAAGACAACCAAAACAAUUAGGAAACCUAUGAACCAAACAUACACUUCAUCGUUUAAUUUUGUAAACCGGUUCAAAGUCGGUCGUGUAAGAGUCUAUAAGCCAUAAAUGACUUCUCCGGUUUUACGUCAACACUGUAUAAUGACAUUUAAGGUCUUCUCCGGUUUAGCUCAGCUUUGACCAAAACCCCCUCCGUGACGUCAUCAACGCUGACAGUUUCAAUCGUUCUCUUCUGCUCGGAUUUCUCACUUUCAGAGAAAUUUCAGACACAACAGACAUAUAAAACCAAAACAACCCCUGUCUCGCCUUUCUAUGUGAAUAAAUGGAAAAGGCAUCCGACAACAACAACAACUCCAAGAAACUCUCGAAGAUGUUUCAAAAAGCGUUAUCAAUUGGUCACAGUGCGGCGCCGCCGUUUAAUCCGGUUAGAGAUUUCCGUCACCACCGUACGAUUUCUACGGCGAGCAGAGGAUACUUCUUCUCCAGUCCGAUGACACCGUUGCUUCCAACGUCGGCUAGAGCUAGGAGAAGAACUAAGAGCAACGGCGUCGUCGUCGCCGAACCCACUUCGCCUAAAGUCUCUUGCAUCGGUCAGAUCAAACUCGCGAAGUCGAAAUGUCCGGAGAUGAAAAAAAGAGCACCUAAAAAUCUCGAAACGUCGUCGUCUUCUCUUGUUAAAGAGGAAGGCAAAGGAAACUGGUCGAUACUAAAACGUCUCUUUUCAACGGGGAGGAAUCCUUUGAAAAAAUCCAGCUCCACGGCCUCUGCCGCCGUCAUCGAACAUCCCGUCGUGGCGGUGGAAGCGGUUGCGGGGCCAACAUUGGGUAAUAUGAAGAAGUUCGCGACCAGCAGGGAAUCUCUUGGUGGGUUCGAUUGGCGGGUCGAGAUGAAACGUCAAGAAGAGGAAUCUCGACCGGAUCAUUACACUCCCGACGACGAAGAGACGACGAUUCCAUUCUCUGUAAGUAUGCCUCUGACUCAGCGGGAGGGUUUGAGUUUGUAUCCAAGACAGAAGAGUGAAGUUAAUUUGUGGGAGAGGAGAACCGUGGAUCGACCAAAACCACUUCAAGUUAAAGCUACUUAUUAAUUUGUCUUCGUUACUUUUCUAUGUAUACUUGUUUUUUUUUUUGGUCUCUGAACUUGGUUUCUAGUUUUCUACGUAUUAGGUCUGAAUUUUUGUGGAUAUAUUCAACAAACAAAAUAAUUAUACU